AUGGAUCGCGUCCUCACCGACGAAGAACUUCGCGCGUCGAUCGCGCGCAUGCCCGCUCGCGAGGAACCAGACUUCCUACGUCCCGUCGUCAAGCCUCUCGCCGCGGACGAGCCCGCACCGACGAUGAGCGUCGAAGGAUUCAAGUCGGGGCUGCUCAAGCGCAGGCUCAAAGAGCUCGCCCUCGCGGACGGCGCGCGGUUGGUUCGUAAGACGGCGAUCGCGCGAGAGGUUCGGGCGAUCAAACAAGAGCUCCGAUUGACCAAGGCUCGGGGAGCUCGAUCGCGGGUGAUGCGAAGACACCGGGAGAUCGUGGAGGAGACGCGAGAGGCGCGAACCGAGGCGGAGCGCGCGAGACGGAGGGUCGAGCAAAUACGAAGCGAGCUCGAGGAGGAACGUAAGGACAUACAGAAAGCGAUCGAGAGCGAGCGAGAGGAGAGGCAGAAGUCGAUUCAGGAGAACGAGAAGAAGCGGGCGGAGAGAAAGGCGGUGUUGGAGGAGGAACUCGAGCGCAAGUCGGCGAAACGACACAAGCUCGUCGCCAGUCUCAAGGAUGUCAUCGCGCAGCAGGGAGAGGCGAGAAAGGUAAUCGUGGACGCCGGGGGAGUGAACUAG